GCGGCGGCGGCGGCUCCUCUAACUUUCGUACUGGUCUGAGUGGUACCGAGCUCGGAGGGUCGUCAUGUCAGAGAAGAAGCAGCCGGUAGACCUGGGUCUCCUGGAAGAGGACGACGAGUUCGAGGAGUUUCCUGCCGAAGACUGGGCUGGGUUAGAUGAAGAUGAAGAUGCACAUGUGUGGGAGGAUAACUGGGAUGAUGACAAUGUAGAAGAUGACUUCUCCAAUCAGUUACGUGCUGAACUAGAGAAACACGGUUAUAAGAUGGAGACUUCAUAGCAUCUAGAGGAAGUAUUGAAACCUUGAACUUGAACUGUAUGCUAAAGUCUAGGACAGAGAAACUGGGAUGGGAAACUAUAAAAAUAUGUUUAUUUCAUGAUCUGCUUGGAUUUAUUUUUGUUUUUAUAACAAAAAAUAAAUGUUUUGAUCCAA